AUGAGAUUGAUAGCAAUGCUGGGUUUUGCAGUCAUGAUUCUUUGCAUGAGAUUGCUUGUCCCUUUGAAUAAGAAAGGUGAAAUGAUCACAACAGAAUGUUUAGAGAACCUUGGAGAUCCCUUUUUGCCUAAUGCAGUUCAAAGAGGAUUAGAUAUGGCUGACAAAGCAAUAUAUCACACAAUGAAAAGCAGGGAUAUCAAUGUGAGUAAUGUGCCCUCUUCUAUUGAGCUGAUGUCUUUUUUCAAGCGGCCAGACUCUGAGAGCGGAAAGAUUUCAAGAGCUGCUGAGGUCAUGGAAAUGUCUUUGAUUCUGAUCCAAAAGACCGUACUCAAGAAAUACAGAAGAUCAGUGAAUGCUACUGGUCUACUCUCUCCGAAUGGGUUGAAAGCUCUUCAUGCUGCAUCAGGAUGUCUACCCCACAUGCAGCCUCCAAAGUGUUCCAGUAGCUGUUUAGCCCAAAAGUACAGGUCGAUCAAUGGGAACUGCAACAACAGAAAUAAUACUAGAUGGGGUGCCUCGAACACUGCUCUUCUACGGUGGCUAGCUCCAAAUUAUGAGGAUGGAUUCAGCCAACCAAAAGGGUGGAAUUCUGAACACACAUACAAAGGCUUUAAGUUACCACUUGUCCGAGAGAUAACCAACAAAAUUCUUCGUACGACCGAUAAGACUCCAAUGACAGAAGAUCAUCUAUAUUCCCAUAUCCUCAUUGAAUGGGGCCAGUAUAUUGACCACGACUUUGCAUUCACACCUCAGAGCACGAGCCAGGCUGCUUUCCAGGGAGGAGUAGACUGUCAAUCUACGUGCCAAAAUCUGAAUCCCUGUUUUCCAAUUAAGAUACCUGAAAGUGAUCCACGUUCCAGAAUCAAUGAGUGCAUCACAUUUUAUCGCUCGUCUCCCACAUGUGGAGCAGCAGUGCAAGGAGCUGACUUUGAAACGCUGUCAAGUCUGAACUCGCGACAGCAGAUUAAUGCUGUAACUUCCUUUAUUGAUGCCUCAACUGUCUAUGGAAGCACGCCAGUUCAGGAAAGAAAGUUAAAGGACUAUUCAAGCAAGGAGGGCCUCCUUCUUGUGAACAAAAAAUACAAAGAUGGCAAACGUGAACUGUUGCCAUUCGUGGAUCAGAAACCAUCCCCAUGUGCUCAAGAGCCCAAUGCUACUCAAAAUGAAAGGAUAGAAUGUUUUCUCAGCGGAGAAAGCAGAGCAAAUGAAGUUCUUACUCUUGUUUCAAUGCACACAUUGUGGAUGCGUGAGCAUAAUCGGUUAGCCAGGAAUUUACACAAGAUAAACCCUCAUUGGACUUCGGAAACCAUCUACAGUGAAGCACGCAAGAUUAGUGGUGCUCUGCAUCAGAUUAUUACAUUUAGAGACUAUAUUCCUAAAAUCCUUGGUUCUCAAGCAUUUGAUCAGUUUAUUGGAAAAUACGAAGGCUAUGAUGAAACGAUGAAUCCCACAUUAUCCAAUGUGUUUGCAACUGCAGCAUUCCGUUUUGGUCAUGCAACUAUCAGCCCCAGGAUACAAAGACUCGAUGAAAAUUACGAAGAGCAUCCUACAUACCCAAGUAUAAAUCUCCACAAGACCUUUUUCAGUCCUUGGCGAAUCAUUAAAGAAGGUGGUUUAGAUCCACUGUUCAGAGGGCUUCUAGCAAAGCCAGCAAAACUUCAAACAUCAAGUCAAAUGAUGAUUGAAGAAUUGACAGAGAAGUUAUUUGCUCUGACAAAUUCAGUGGCUCUGGAUUUGGCAUCACUAAAUCUACAAAGAGGGCGCGACCAUGGUCUUCCUGGAUACAACGACUGGAGGGAAUUUUGUCAACUUGAAAGGUUGGAAACCAAAGCUGAUUUAAAGAAAGCAAUAUCUGAUUCAGAUUUUGUUGAAAAGAUAAUGGAUCUCUAUGGACAUCCAGACAAUAUUGACAUUUGGCUUGGUGGGCUGGCAGAAGAUUUCCUUCCUGCAGCCAGAAUUGGCCCAUUAUUUGCUUGUUUAAUUGGAAAACAAAUGAAAGCUUUAAGAGAAGGUGAUAGGUUUUGGUGGGAAAAUCCUGGUCUCUUCACAUCCUCUCAAAGAAAUGAACUUUACCAGCACUCACUGUCCCGAAUCAUUUGUGAUAACACUGAAAUCACUGAGGUACCACUGGAUGCAUUUAGAAUAGGUCGGUACCCUCAACACUUCAUAAAUUGUGAUCAGAUUCCUGGGCUGAACCUCCUGGCAUGGCAUGAAAACCCUCAACAAGUAGGAUUAUGUGGGACCCCACCUCAAAUAGAAGAUGGAACAUUUGUGCUAUGCACCAGUGUUGAGCAAUCCAUCAUCUCAUACGUUUGUCAUCAUGGUUUUCAACUGGUUGGAGCAGAGGAGUUGACCUGCAGUAUCAGGGGAUGGAGCAGUGAUCCACCAGUCUGCAAAGACAUUAACGAAUGUGAAGAUGCCACAAGGCCUGCUUGUCACAGUUCUGCAAAUUGUGUGAAUACCAAAGGAAGUUACAGAUGUACCUGCUCAGAUUCCCUCCUCCUCUCAGAGGAUGGACACAGCUGCUCUGUCAAGUAAUCUCAAAGGAACCUUUCCUGGAGCAAAUGGAUGAAAGAAACCUGAAGAAAUGUGAUUGGAUGGGGAUAAUUGAUGAGAAGAUUGCCAAAAUCAAAGCUUCUAAGAACAAUGAUCAGGACUGGAAAGUUUAACAGGAAGAUGGAACUUUAUGACAGCUGUUUGAGUCAAUAUCAUUGCAGAGUUUAGAAUAAAACAGAAAUAUCAAAAUUAUUUCUAACAUAAAUUUUAGG